AACCAAACAAGAUCUAAGAGAAACUUAUUCCUUAUGAGUUUGACACAUUCUUGAUAUAGAGAAGAUGAUCCUGUAUUAGAAAUGACCUUUAUAUCUAAUUUCUUUCUAAAUAAAGACGUCUUGACAAUUUUAGAUCUGCACCAACUUCAGGUUCCUUUGCACUCAUAUAAUAUAGUUUCUUUUUUACAAACCUAAUAAACUCAUUUUACUUUGAAAAUUGUACUCCUUACCAAUUAAAGGUAACUACCUCGCGUUCUUGGGGCAUAGUUAUUGCCAGAGGGAAGCAGCGAAAGUGGCUAUAUGGGCCGUCCAGAUCACCAAGACUGACUUGCGGGCCUAACAACCUACCUUUUGAAGGUGAAGAACUAAAAGCAGUAGAAAGCAAAGCAGAUGAUGAACAGCUUGGUGUUGAUGAGAAUCUCGAGUUGGUUGGCAAGGAAGAGAAAGUCGUGAUGCCCAUCAGCACAGAAUGUUGCACCUCACCACCCUCUGCAAUCACUUGUCACCACUUCUUCGUAGCACGUGAAGAAGAUUCAGUAAUGGAGAGCAGUAACAUGGUCAAAGUAAAUAACGAGGAUGGGAAAUCUGCUGAAUGCCAACUUGGUGCAGAUCAUAUAGACAAAGAAAAUGCAGAGGUGGAAGAAAAACUUGGAAACAAAACCAUUCUUAGUAGAAAGAACAAGUUGCGUGAGAGCAAAAGGCCCCAUUUACCCAUCAGAGUUUCCAAGCGCCUUGCUGGCAUUAAAGACAACCCUUUGUUGGAACAGAAAAUGAAUAGUCAUCAAGGACUAGCUGUUGCAAGGCAGGAGGGUCAAACAAAAGAUGGAAUUACUGAUAUUUCCAUAGAGGAUACCCCCGGGAGCGUAAAGAAACAAGAAGGUGACUCUUCCUCCCUGGGAAAGCUUAUUUCCUUUGAAUCAUCAUCAUCUCCAUCAUUACAGAUGAAGGAUAUUUGGAGCGAUCCAUGCAUAGAAUUUGCCAUCAAAACUUUGACUGGUGAAAUUCCAUGCAUGGGAGAAGAAGUGAAGAGAGUGGAGGAGACAACCCCACAGUCCUCCCUUAGUUCAUCUGCUGUGAAUCGCCAGUCGUCUUCUUUUGGGGCGGAAAUGGCGGCAUUUGGUGGUGGUAGAGGCAUAUUCGCAGAUCCAUGCAUUGAAUUUGCUGUGAAGAUCCUUACUGACGAAAUUCCACUCAGCAGCAUUGAUUUUUCGGCAUUUGUGAAGCCAUCAGAAUACGUUCGGCGGCCACAGAAGGGGCCUCCCCCUCCCCCUCCUUCUGCAUGACACCAUAACUGCUGGGUAACUAAGUUCGGCUCAAACCAACCCAUGUUGUGAACCCCUUCGAAAACUCUCCUAGGUUGGGCACAAGACUGUUGUAACUCUUUAGAGCAAGUGCUAGUUAUGUUUCAAUGUGUGGCCAUUGAUUGCAGGAGAUGGAGAGUAUUUGUACAUGUUCUCUCUUCAAAUUCAAGACACUGUUGUUAGGCAGUUGACAGUGAAACUUGUGAUAAUAGUUUGUUGUGGACAGAGUUCUUUUUUUGGUGUAGAAUACUUUUACUCAUGAUCUCACCGAAAUCAUUUAGGAAAACUUUUUUCAUUUUCUUUUAUGUAAGGAGCGUAUUAUUGAAUUGUUUUUACUUCUGUAAAUGAAUCAUAAAUCUCACAAAUUCACUUUAUCCCAUGAAUACAUGUAUUUAUGUUUAUUAAAGGUAAUCUCUAAAGGAAUGUUUGUGUUUGCUUCUACUUUUGAGAAGUGAUCUAAAUUAGAGAUUAUAUGAUAAGUGAUUAAUAGUAGAAGUUGGUCGUGUUUGAAUAAAAAAUUGAUUUUGAAAAUUAAAAGUUAGAAAAUUGUAGAAUUUUCCAGAUUAAUUAGUGGAUUUACCGUUAGGAAUUUAUGAUUGAGUGGGCUAGUGACUAUUGUGUUUCUUCUAGUGGAUUGCUGUCGAUCAUCAAAUAUAAUAAUAUUCAUGCAUGUUAGUAAUAAUUCUUAGCAACAUAUUCAGUUUUUUUAUUGAACUCCUUGGUGGACUAUGAUGAAAAUGUUGAUUUUGAUAGGUCUGAGUCCGUAUUUCUAACACUUCUGUCAGUUUGAAGCAGAAUUUGUUCUAAGUAACUUCACCCCGACACAUUAGUCUGACUGGUUGCCCCAUUGCAAUUGACGGGUUUGCUUGUUACAAAAUUUGAUUUUAUCCAUCCUCAUCCCAAAGCCACCAGACUCUUGCAUGUUCCCUAGGUGGAAAUUAUCAAGCUUAUCAGCAAGGUGAUGAUGAAGAAAGGAAGUGGACAAAAGGUAAAAGAUAUCAAUUACAGAUGGUUUUUUCGGGUCCUUUUAACAUGCUUCGUAUGUUAUACUCCCUCCGUCCCCCUAAUAUUGUCUCAUUUUACCUUUUCGGGAAAUCCCACUAAAAUUGUUCCAUACCAUAUUUGGUAAAGUUUGUGUGGCUUGAAAUCCUUCUCACUUUAUUCUUACUUUAUCAAUUAAUAUCAACCACACAAACACCCUUUUCUUAAUAAUCGUGUCACCCUCUUCCGUCCCAAUAUAAAAGGGAUGGAGGUAGUAUUAUUAAUUUCACACACACAUACUACAUAUAUAUUUGCAAAAAAAUAUUUUUCUGUUAAGAAAUCUGUAGCUCCGGGCUUACCUCCAGGGUGGACCAAGGAAAUGAAGAAGGGUGGCCAGACUAGGAAAGGCUGGUAUUAUGUUCAUCCUGAGAGUGGGCAAGUCUUCCGCUCUUAGAAGGAAGUUUUUUGCUGCCUUGAAACUAGUGAUUGUUGGUAUAAGACUGAACUUGUCUUGAAUGAUCAAGAUCUCAACAACAUGCAAGCUGCAGGUUUUCUUUCAUCUUUACCUUCUGAAGGUGAAGUACUAAAAGCGGCUGAAAACAAAGCAGAUCAUGAACAUCUCGUUGUGCAUGGGAGUUUCGAGUCAGUUGGCAAGGAAGAAAAAAUUGUAAUGCCCUUCAGUACCGAAUGUUGCAUCUCACCACCCCCUGCAAGCAUUUGCCACCACCACGUCUUUGUAGCACGUGAAGAAUGCCAACUUGUUGUGGAUCAUAUAGCCAAAGAAAAUGAAUAGAUGCAGGAAAAACUUGGACAUAAAAUCAUUCCAAGUAGAAAGAACACGUUGGGUGAGAGCAAAGGAUUCCACUUACCCAUCAGAGUUUCCAAGCGCCUUGCUGGCAUUAAAGCUGACCCUUCCUUGGAGCUGAAAAUAAGUAGUCAUCAAAGCUUAGCUUCGCAUGGCAGAAGGGUCAAACAAAAGCUGGCAUUACUGGUAUUUCCAUGGUGGAUACCCCUGGGAAUGAAAAGAAACAAGAAGAUGCCUCUUCUCUCCUGGGGAAGCUUCUUUCUCCUAAACCAUUAUCAUCUUCAUCAUUACUGAUGAAGGAAAUUUGGAUGAAACCAUGCAUAGAAUUUGCCAUAAGAACUCUAAAGGGUGAAAUCCCAUGCAUAGGAGGAGAGAAGAGAGCGGAGGAUACAACCCCACAGUCCUCCCUCAGUUCAUCUGCUGCAAAUCGCCAGUUCUCUUCUUCUGGGGCAGAAAUGGCUGCAUUUGGUGAUGUUGGAGGAGGCAUAUGGGCAGCAGAUCCAUGUAUCGAAUUUGCUGUGAAGAUCCUAACUGGCAAAAUUCCAAUCAGUAGUGUUGAUGUUUCUGCACCUGAGAAGCCGUCAGUAUAUGCUCAGCAUCUGCAGCAGUGCCUCCUGAAUUCGGCUCAAACCGACCCAUAUUGUGAACCUCUUAGAAAACUUUCCUAGGUUGGGUAUCAAACUCUUAAAUAUUAAGGCACCAUUGUUAGGCAGUUAGACUAAGUAACUUGUUUGAUGUGGGCCAAGUUCUUUGUUUUGGAGUAAUAUAUAAACAACAAUGUUUCAUGUG